AUGGUAGAUUAUAUAAAAAGAGCAAGAAAUGACAGAUUAUGUAUUUUAUAUUACAAUGUCUUUCCGUAUAUCACAAAAACCAAUGGAAAAUCAAAGAAAGGUUGGAUAAUUCUUAAAAGUAAUGACACACCAGAAACUUACCAUGUGGUCGAAGGAGAUGAUUUUACCAUUGAAUGUGAAAUGAAGAAUAGAUUUUUAAAAAAAUGUGUACAGUGGCAGAUAAAUGAGUGUUACAUACAGACAGAAAUUGACAAAUACAUACUAAAUGAUUCUAAGUUGUCACUAACAAUCAAAAAUCUUUCUAAAGAUGAUACAGGAACUUACAAAUGCAUUGUUUCCAACUGGUUCGGACUCAACAACACAUCUAUUGACAGAUGUACAAAUUAUUUAUCUGCUUUACACAGAUGGAUGACAUGGGUACAUAUGUUACAUGAAUUCAAGGCAUGUAGAAAGGAAGAUGAGAAUGGUAUAACUGUAACUGUUCAUGAAUUACCCAAAGAGUAUAAACAUGAAUUGAAAAAAAAAGGUGAAAAAGUAUUAAUGAGGCCAAAAAUAGAUAACGGAAAAGAAACAAUGAAGUCCUUACAAGAUAACAUUAAAUAUGUAGUGUGGUUUUAUAAAACAGCUGAUAUAUUAAGAGUUGGUAAACCUGACCAACAUGGUGAUAUAAAUUUUGGAGAUAUAAAUGAUGAAGUUGUAAAACAAGUUCCACAUGGAGAUAUAGAUAAUGAAGUUGUAAAACAAGGCCCACUUGGAGAUAUAAAAGAUGAAGUUGUGAAACAAGGUCCACAUGGAGAUAUAAAUGACGGAGUUGUGAAACAAGGUCCACAUGGAGAUAUAAAUGAUGGAGUUGUGAAACAAGGUCCACAUGGAGAUAUAAAUGAUGGAGUUGUGAUACAAGGUCCACAUGGAGAUAUAAAUGAUGGAGUUGUGAAACAAGGUCCACAUGGAGAUAUAAAUGACGGAGUUGUAAAACAAGGUCCACAUGGAGAUAUAAAUGAUGGAGUUGUAAAACAAGGUCUACAUGGAGAUAUAAAUGAUGGAGUUGUGAAACAAGGUCCACAUGGAGAUAUUAAUGAUGGAGUUGUGAUACAAGGUCCACAUGGAGAUAUAAAUGAUGGAGUUGUGAAACAAGGUCCACAUGGAGAUAUAAAUGACGGAGUUGUAAAACAAGGUCCACAUGGAGAUAUAAAUGAUGGAGUUGUAAAACAAGGUCUACAUGGAGAUAUAAAUGAUGGAGUUGUGAAACAAGGUCCACAUGGAGAUAUAAAUGAUGGAGUUGUGAAACAAGGUCCACAUGGAGAUAUAAAUGAUGGAGUUGUAAAACAAGGUCCACAUGGAGAUAUAAAUGAUGGAGCUAACAAACCGGAUCAACAUCAUAACUUAACUGAUGAAGGAAUCCAGGAUAAACAUGCAUUAGUUUUCAAUGCUGCUGUUUCACAUCAUGGGCAAUAUGUUGGCUUUAUUGUUACUACCAAUGGAAACAUCAGUAGUAAUGGGUGGAAAUUGAAAGUUGUUCUACAAGGGAGUGUAUACCAAAAAGUGACGAAGCACAGAAAGGAUAGUUCAUACGUGAAAACAGCACCUGAAGAGAAUGCUAUGAAAAGUUUAGAGAAUAAUGGUUUUGUAGUAAUUGUUGGAAGGAAGGGCACAGGAAAAUCAAAAAUUUGCUUGCAGCUUGCAUCCUUAUUUGAAGAAAACGAUUACCUUCCAUAUGAAGUUGAUCAGAAAAGUCUUGAUUCUACACAAACGGCUGAUCUUAAAUCAACUAAAGUCAUGUUCAUUAUAGAUCAUUCAGUUUACAAUCAAAAUGAUCUUGGUCAAAUACUUGAUCAAUUAACAGAAGUAUCGGGUAUUACUCGUACUAAGAUGAUAUUUACUUGUAGACAUUUAGAACCGUUCACUAGAAAAAUUUUGCAGAGAUAUAAACUUUAUAAUAAUAAAGCACUGAUAGAACUGGAUAAAAUUUUGACAGUUGAUGAUAAAAGGAAAAUUCUUGGAGUUCACAUGGAAGUUAACAAUAUAGUUCAAUCAAAAGACACUGAAAUAUUUCACAAAUCAAAAUCAGCUAUACUUGGUGAAGAUGUAAUUACAGAUAUCAUUAAAAUAGAACCUUUUUGGGGAUUUCCGCUUACGGCAUCGAAGUUCUGUUCACAGAGAGAAAACUUAAAAAAAGGUGAGAAAUAUUUUACAAAUCCACCAAAAUUCCUUGUUGAUGAGAUUUGUGAUUUGUAUCAGUCUGUCUUGAAAAACAAGGAACCAGAGUUAUUCAAAGAAUAUUUUAUUCUCGUCUACUUAGCAACAGAUGAUAGGCUAUGCUUUGAUGUGUCUGUCACUGACAUGGGAAGGAUUCGCCAGGUCAAUCAGUUAAUUAAUGGAGGGAAAACACAUAUAAACUAUGAGAUGAGCGCUUUUAAAGAUGUAGCCGACAAGUUGGUUGCCAAAUUCAAAUAUAUAAUAAAAUGUGAUGACCAUACUUACAGAUUUAUCCAUCCAUCUGUAUUAAAAGCAGUCUUCUUGUCAUCUGAACAUUUGCUAAAUCACUUUAUUGAGAAUGGGGAUGUAGAAGAUAUAAUAGAAUUUGUCAGAAGCUUUUUGUAUGAAGCUACAGAUGAUGAUAUCGUAUUGAAGUUAAAAGAAGAUAGGUAUAAUAUCCUUUGUGAAAGAUUGAUUUUCAUGAUGACUGAGAAAGAAAAAAAGAUUGGUCAUUACAUCUAUGAUUGUUUUAUAAAACUUCAAGACACAAGUUUUCUAAAUGUAUUAACACCAAAACUUCAAUGUGUAGCAUCUAUAAGACAAAUGCAGAAUGAUUCUUCCGCAAACAAUAAAGAUAGUAGACAGUCAUUUGAAAAUGUUAACCAAGCAGCAAUAAGUAAUAAUUAUGAAAUAGAAAAACAGAAAAGAAGUGAAGAAGCACCAGCAAGCAAAUUAUUUUCACCUACACAAAUGAUAGCAAUGAUAGAGUAUUUAACAAGAACAGGAGAAGAUUCCUGGAUCUAUGAGGAGAAACAAGCUAGUGUCCCAGAUUUCAUGGUGUUGUACGGAUUAAUUGUGGGGUGUAAAAACAAUUUUCUUGGUGUUGCUGAAAAUAAGAAGACCUUUGAAAUCACAGAAAAAGAGAAGACAUUUAAUAUCAUUCUUAAAAUGUUUACCCACAAAUUAAAGGAUAAAAGUUUCCGGUUGCUGUGUUGUACUCCAAUGGAUACUUUCAACAAUAAGUUUUGCCAUUUUCUGACUCUUUUUAAUGAUUUGGAAUCUUCUUUGAUUUUGAAAGAAUUGAUUGAAGGUUUGAAAAUGCCUGCGACAAAAGACACAAUUCCCCGUAGCUUGAAAAAGAAAACUGAAUUGAAGAACAUAUUAAAAAGUAAAAAUAACUUUAAACAAAGCCCAUUGCAAAUGGCAGCUUUUCUAGGAAAAGCUGAAGUGUUCACCCAUUUCUCGUCAGAAUCAAAAAAGAAAAAGGGGAAAAAGGAGAAACUUUAUGAUGUGGUACAAAAUGGAAUGGGAGAAGCUUCUGUAACUUCAAGAUUUACCAACCUAAAUUUUGACCCUGAUUUAGGGAAGUCGAUAUGUGUUGGUGACACAAAAGCCUAUCAAGACAUUUUUGCAGCACUAAAUAAGUGGUAAACUUUAAACAGUUUGAUAUGAGAAAUCCAAAUAUGUUCCCUUUAUAUAUGUACAUGUAUAUACUCUGAAAUAAUGAAACUUGGAUAUGAAUUUGUAAUUGUGUGAAGCUCUUAGGGACGACAUCAAAAGAUUGAUGUAGGAUAAAAAAAAAACUUAAAUCAAAUAGUUUGGGUGGGGGGUUAAAAUUCUACAGGUUUUGUAUAUCUAAAAUCGAUUUUUACAUAUAUAUCCCUAAUCAUGAUUGGUAUAUAAAUUUUUCCCAAAUUAAGUUAAGAAGGGGGGGAGUCCGUGAAAACACUAUGUGAAUUAAGUUUUUUUAUCCUGCAUUGAACUUUUGAUGUCAUCCCUUACAUAUAUCAUCUGUAGAAAAAAACUACUACUUUUCCAAUUCUUCAAAUUUAAUUUGACAUGUUUUACAAGUCAGCAAUAGUCUAAGUGAAGUCAAGUGGAAUGACACAUGCUUUAUACCUUAGUUAUCAUAGUUGUAUUUUACCUGGUUGAUAAAUGAGGUCUGGCUUACCUGACUGUCAUACAUGUAAGAGGUUUAGCUUGAUUUAAAACCAGGUUUAAUCAACCAUUUUCUUCAAAACAAAAUGUCUAUACCAUGUCAGGAAUAUGACAGUUGUUACAUUUUGUAUCCAUUUUUCUGGAGUGUAGUAAUCCUAAAGCAUGUAUGUCUCAUUGGCAUUCACACCACAUCUUCCUUUGUUUAUGUAUUUGCUAUAAAAAAUCAUUUAUGCCUUUUACAUACAAUUAAAAAAAAAAGUGCUCCUGAACUAGUCGUUUAUGUAAUUGUCCUAAUUAAUUGAUCUAAGGUAUAUACAUGUAGUUAAUACUCCUGAAUUUUAAAUAAAGAUACAGCUGAUAUUGUCUAUAGUCAUGAUGAUAUACAAAAGAAGAUGAGGAGAUUACUCUCCUUAAGAGACCAAAUGAAACAGAAAUUAAUAGCUAUAGGUCACAUUAUUGCCUUCAACAAUGAGCAAUGGCCAUACCGCACAGUCAGCUAUAAAAGGCGCAGAAAUGACGAUGUAAAACAUUUCAAACGAGAAAACUAACAGCCUAAUUAAUGUAAAAAAUUGGAACGAAAAACAAAUAUGUAACACAUAAAAAAACACCAUCCACUGAAUUACAGGCUCCUGACUUGGGACAGGCACAUACAUACAUAAUGUGGCAGGGUUAAACAUGUCAGUGGGAUCCCAACCCUCAACCUUACCUGGGGCAGUGGUAUAACAGUACAAUUUAAGAACAAAGUAUGAAAAUUAAAAGAAUCGUGCAUCUAAGACUAAAUUAUCAAUCAGUACAUAUCCAACAUCCCAUGGAUUAAGUGUAAAGACGUCAUCAACAGUCAGAGAAAAAUAUGACCUUGUGCAAUGCCAAGAUAAGUCAGUAAUUUACUUGAAAACAAGGAAUUAAUUGAAUCUGGAAUAAUUAUAUAUUAUGGAAUAUGUUAUGAUUUUGUGUAUGUUGUUC